AUGACAGAAGACGAGGACUUCACCAAACUAGGGUUGAAGCAGAGGCUUGGACACAAGUCGUGGAAGGCGCGGCAGCAUGGGUACCAGGAGUUGGAGCGGAUGUUUGAGCGGAGCUCGGUGCUGGAGGUGGCGGGGGAGGUGAGCACGUGGUGGGAGGCGCCGGAGCACUUCGGGCGGUUCAUCACUGACUCGAACGUGGUGGCGCAGGAGAGCGCGGUGGGGGCGAUGCAGCGGAUGUUGGAGUUGAUGGGGCAGUUGGAGCGGGUGCCGGAGACGGGGUCGCUGCGGGCGCAGUGGGUGCCGGCGCUCGUGGAGAAGGGCGUGAGUUCGUCGCGGGCGGGGACGAAGGCGAAGGCGAUGGAGUGCAUAUUGAUGUUGGCGUCGUUCGACAGCAGUGUGCGGCAGACGAUGGAGUUGAUGUUGCCGUUUUCGGGCAACAAGCUGCCGCGGCUGGUGAGCAGCUUGAUGGCGGCGAUGGGGCAGCUCGUGUGCUCGUUUGGCUUUGUGAAUAUGAAGAACGACUUCUGGUCGGAGGUGCUUGCACCGUUGCCGCGCUUGGCGGGGCAUGCGGACCGCGCUGUGCGCGCGGAGACGAUGAACUUCAUCCUUGAGGUAUACAAGUGGACUGGCAAGCCGUUCUUGCAGGAUAUGUUGUUGGAGAAGCUUAAGCCGAUCCAGCAGAAGGACCUAGACAAGUUGUUCGGCAACUACGACGGCACGAUUCCCCCUACAGAGCAGCCCCGUCUUUUCCACUGGCAGGUGCUCCAGCGGCAGCGCGAGGCCGCAGCCGGCGUCGACGACGACGGCGACACGAUGAUGGGCGAGGGCCAGGGCGGCAACCAGCCGGGCGGGGAGGCGGGCGCCGCGCCCGUCGUCUUGGCCGACCCGUUCACCUUGCUCAAGCCGUCGUCCAUUGUCAAAAACUUCCCAGCUGACUUCGAGAAGAACGUUAAGUCCGCCAAGUGGAAGGAGAGGGUCGAGGCCCUCCAACAGGUAUACGACGAUUUACUCAAGCCUGCCAAAAAACUUGAUCAAACAGAUGACUACUCGUUUUACGCGCGCAGCUUGGCGCAGAUUCUCUCCAAGGACGCCAACUUACAGGCGGCCACUCUAGCGGCAAACUCGGCGGCGCAUAUGACAAAUGCAUUACGCGAAGGGAUAGCUCCAUAUGGUCAUAUGCUAUUGGAUGGCUUGCUUGAUCGAACCAAAGAGAAGAAGCCAUCCGUUAGCGAAGCCGUUGUCGAAGCACUAGAUCUACUAGCUCAAUACUAUGGCGUUGACAACUGCUUGGAGCCAACCAUAGAGCACAUGAAGCAUAAAAUUCCUCAAGUGAAGAUGGAGUCUACCAACUUCCUAACUAGAAUGUUGCAAAAGCAGUGGAAGCCCACAGCUGCGAGGUUAAAAGAUGAAGUAAUCAUGAGGAUGAUGCCAGAUAUUGUUCCAAUAAUUGUUAAAAUUGUUAACGAUACCCAGCCAUCACUCAGAGAUGCGGGCUUUGAGUGUUUUGCGACAGUGAUGAAACUAUUCGGUGAACGUGAGUUUACUGAUGAGUUGGAAAAGCUUGGCAGUCUGAAGAAAAAAAAGAUUUAUGAACAUUUUGAGAAAAUAGAGGUUAAAGUGCCACCUCCUGUUCAGAAACCGCAGCAGACUCGUGCUGUCCAGUCACAACGUCAGCCCCAGCAUUCAGGGAAUUACACACAGCGUUCUUUACAGAACCACCAGAGCCCGCAGCAGCACCAGCUACAACACCCCCAAUCCCCACAGGCUCAGAGGUCGAACCAUCAUCAGAAUUCUUCAUCCAAUUUCUCCAAAACCUUACCGCAUAUUGUCAAAACUCCGAGGGCGGCGGCAUCUUCAUUGAGCCCCUCUGUCGAUGUGAGACACUUUGACUCACCCCCCCAGACACUCAGAACACCCACGGCGUCCACCAUCCCAACGAAGCGGGGACCUUCCUCCCCCUUAAAGGAUAAGAAUAUCCUCAACAAUGGUGGAUUGAACACCAAGCCCCGUUUGGUUAAUCGGUCUCAAACGCAUUCCACGGUUAGAGCUUCGCAUUUUAACCCAAUGUCUUCCCUACCACCAAGUAGUAACAAUUCUCUUGCUCCUGCCGUGGUUCCACCUGCCGUGCUAGCUGAGUUAGACGAGCUAAAGGGUGCAAAAGCUAAGUGGAAUAAGGAGCGUCAAGAACUAAUGACAAAAUUGACCAGCUUCCAGACUCAAACUUCGCAGUUGAAUUCUGAAAACCAGAUGCUACAGGAUCAAUUAAACGACGUACAACUUGCAUUGAAUGAGAAAACCAUGCUGCUGCGUUCUAAAGAUUUACAAAUAACUAAGUUGAAGAAUCGGCUCGCAACUUUAGAGAGUGAAUUGGAUACAGCACUUAACGCCAAGCAUUCACCGGACACUCCAGUCAAGUCCGUACUUGAGGGUAUACAGGCCAUUUCCCCUUCAAAUGGGAGCGCGCAAAGUGCGGGAGUAUAUGGCGGCAGUAACCAUAGUGAUCCAUGCAUAAGCAUUCAACCACAUAAUCCUCAGCAAAUACGGAAGACUUCUGGUGGCUCGUUCCGUUCCAAUGCCGGGCUAACCAGCAGGUUUUCGCCUUUGACCUCAUCCGUCAGGGUUGCAACAUCUAGUGAAUCGAGUGAUGAUCUACCUAGGCGCGUUCAUUCAUUGCAUAUUAUGGACACCACCAAUGCCGUGGCGGGUAGCAUAACUACAAAUGGCAGUAGCGCUUCUCUUCUAAGUGAGGAGUCUUGGAAAAGAGCAGCUGAAGUGACAAAUCAGCUAAAAGCGAGAAUCGAAAGAAUGAGAGCGAAGACCAGAGGCUUAACCAUGGAUGCGGAAGAUAGCUACAGGCAAAACUGA